UCGUCGGUGCUCGUUACUUUCAACGGAUCCCUGCUACGAGCCGCCACUAUCUGUACCAACAGCUCGUAGAAUACUUGUCAUGUCUCGCAUUAAUGUGUGUUUGUAAUCAACAGAUGAUUGUGGUUAUUUUGGACAGGACAAGAUACGCAUAAAUUUACUAGUAAAAUCGCACCCGACAGUAUGCCAUUGUCGAUUAACAUUCUUUCUCGCGAAAGACAUUUAAAGUAAAGUUUACUGUGAAAUGUUUUAACAAGUGAACUCUUUGAAAGAAUGACCCACGACUGAUAAACAUUUAUCAUAAAGAUAUAGAAAGGGUGUAAAGCGAACAAGUGUAAAAUAGAACGUCGCAAAAGAUAUGUCGGACUUUGAGAAUCUUACGAUCAAGCAGCCUAUUAGGCGCUUAGAGAUCCAAAUUAAUAAUUUUAAUGUCGCUAUUCCACACCAUGUUGACCUAUUACAACGAUACAGGAGCAACAUUAAAAAGUAUCAAGAUCAGCGCGAUUGGGAACGAAUCCAAAGAGAACACGCAAAUGUCUCCAGAAUUAUUAAACAGCUGAAGGAAUUAUUGUAUCAAAUGGAUACUCUAAGAGCACAAGUGCUUGACAGUGACAUUGAACAAUUUGAUAAGUUAACAGCAAAAGCACGAACGAGCAUCAUGGAUGCAAUUAGAGAAUACUUGGAUAUGGAGUUAAAUUUGUGGUUAUCGCCACCAUCGUCACCAGUAAGUGGAAAUCAAUUACCACAUCCAGUUGCAAAUGUUCAGUUAGAAGCGCAACAGGAAGAUUUGCAGCAUCAACAAGAUUGUUUGCAAGUCUGGAACUCUUUGCAAGGCGACAUACAACAGUUACAAGAGCUUUUUAUUGAGUUUGAUAAAGUUGUACAUGAUCAGAAAGAAAUGGUUGUUAAUACAGAAAAGAAUGUUGAAGAAACCCAGGUAAAUGUGAAGAAGGGUUCAAAGUUUUUGGAGAAAGCUUUAAGAUACAAGGCUGCUGCUUAUCCCCUAGCAGGCGCUGUACUAGGCACAUGUAUCGGAGGACCUAUAGGUUUGAUAGCAGGAUUGAAAAUUGGUGGACUAACUGCUUUAGGCUGUGGUAUUUUAGGUUUUACAGGAGGAUCAUUGUUGAAGAAGAAACAUAUAGACACAUACAAAUUUGAAACAUCUAACGAAUCAGUUGCCGAUGUCAAUAAUGUUAAAAAAUCUACUUCUUGUCCUGAAAAUUUAGAAAUGGACAAAAAGCAGUUGUGACGAAACAUUAUUUCGUCAAAAUGUGAUAUUAGUAUUAAACAUACAAAGAAAUGUAAUAUUGUGUAAUUUUAAAUUGUUACGAUAUUUGUACGUUUUACUAUAUCUCACAUUUGUUUCUUUUUUAUUUUUUAAUAUU